AUGGUAACUCUUCGAAGCAGCAAAAGAAAACACAUUGACGUCUGUAUUGAAGAAGAGGUGUCAGAUGGCGAAAUUACAUCGAAAUAUUUCAAGAAAGAUGCGCCAUUUGAGGUUGAAACUGCAGAAGAAGAAAGUUACGUGCUCCCAGUUGAAUCUGAGCCUGCUAAUAUUGAAUGGAUAAAAUCGUUAAAUUCAGAACAGUAUUUUACGUGGGUUUCGGAAGUCACCGACGACAAUCCUGAGCGAUGGAACAAACCUCUGGAUCCGAAGAUAUUCAAAAAUAGACCUGUUGGAGCCCCACCAUUUCCUAAAUCCUUCGUAGAAAUUUAUUCUAGGGUACGACUCAUGAGAUCCAAGAUAAUAACACCUGUGGACUCUGUCGGUUGUGCCGCCCUGCCAAUAACAGUAAGCGCAAAAUGUGAUAUACAGCAGAACGAAAUCAAGCCCAAGAACUAUCGCUUGCAGCUAUUAGUUUCUCUCAUGAUGUCGGCACAGACACGGGAUGAGUCAAAUGCAAAGGCCAUGUUAAACUUGAUCAAGUACUCCAUUGAAGAACUUGGCAUACCAGAGGGCUUAAAUCUGGAAGCCCUCUUGAGAAUUGAGGAAGACGUGCUUGUGAAUCUGAUCAAACCGGUUGGUUUUUUUAAUCGAAAAGCGCACUAUAUAAAACAAACUGUGCAAUUGCUUAUUGAUGAGUUUGAAUCAGAUAUACCAACAGAUAUAGCAGGUAUGCUAUCUCUUCCGGGAGUAGGACCAAAGAUGGGUUUACUUGCUCUACAAAAAGCUUGGGGAAAAAUGGAUGGUAUCGGUGUUGAUGUUCAUGUUCACAGAUUGUGCAACAUGUGGCAUUGGGUUGACCCAAAAAAGUGCAAAACCGCGGAGCAUACAAGAAAGGAAUUAGAAUCGUGGCUGCCAAAAGAAUUGUGGUACGAAAUAAAUCCGUUAUUAGUUGGAUUCGGACAAGUAAUUUGCAUGGCUAGGGGUAAGCGAUGCGAUUUAUGUCUUGCCAAUGAUGUAUGUAACGCUGUAGAUAAAAAAAUUGCCAAUAAGGGCAUAAUGAGGAGUGCGUCCAAAAGACGGAUACAAAGUCCAACUAAAAGAGGAGAUUUCACAUUGUGGCUGAGACAUCUAGAAGAUGAGAAUGAUGCGUUAAAAGUAGUUGAUUCUAAAAAAGAAAGGCCUGCGCCAGUCAAUAUCAAAAACGAAGAAAGUUGA